AUGAGACUUGACGGGAGCGAGCUGAACCGCUCCGCUCCGCGGGACCCGCCGUGCGAGGGUGCCCGCGCCGCCAGCCCGGGGGUGACCUCCACUGCCGCCCCAUCACUCAUCUUCACCAUCGUGUUAACCUUGCUUGGGCAACCUCUGGUCGUUCUUUCGAUCUACCGCAACAAGAAGCUGCGAAACGCGGGAAAUGUGUUUGUUGUAAGCCUGGCAGUUGCAGACUUGAUUGUAGCUAUCUACCCAUAUCCACUGGUCCUCACAUCUGUGUUUCACAACGGAUGGAAACUGGGAUACCUACACUGCCAGAUUAGUGGCUUCUUGAUGGGCCUAAGUGUCAUUGGAUCAAUCUUCAAUAUUACAGGCAUCGCUAUCAAUCGGUACUGCUAUAUCUGCCACAGUCUCAAAUAUGACAAGCUAUACAGCAACAAGAAUUCAUUGUGCUAUGUUGUUCUUAUAUGGGUCCUAACAUUUGUUGCUAUUGUGCCCAACCUGUUUGUGGGAUCGCUACAGUAUGACCCCAGGAUUUACUCGUGUACAUUUACACAAUCUGUGAGUUCAGCAUAUACAAUAGCAAUUGUGUUUUUCCAUUUCCUGCUUCCCAUAGCCGUAGUUACUUUCUGUUACUUGAGAAUAUGGAUCCUAGUUAUUCAGGUAAGGCGAAGGGUUAAACCAGAUAACAACCCUAGGCUGAAGCCACACGACUUCAGAAACUUUGUAACCAUGUUUGUAGUAUUUGUACUGUUUGCAGUCUGCUGGGCCCCUUUGAACUUUAUAGGCCUUGCUGUGGCUGUCAACCCAAAAACUGUAAUCCCUAGGAUUCCAGAGUGGUUGUUUGUAUCUAGUUAUUAUAUGGCAUAUUUCAACAGCUGCCUUAAUGCUAUAGUAUAUGGACUCCUGAACCAGAACUUCAGAAGAGAAUACAAGAGAAUUAUUGUCACUUUUUGUACAGCAAAUGUUUUUUUCCAGGAUAGUUCUAAUGAUGCAGGAGACAGAAUGAGAAGUAAACCUUCUCCGUUGAUUACAAACAACAAUCAAGUAAAGGUGGACUCUGUCUGA